ACGGGGUGCGGUGGAGGUCCGUCUCCCAUGUGCCGCCUGAGAGUGACGGGACCUGGUGAUGGUCAGAGAGGUCCACAGAGGUGCGCUGAGGCUGGAGCCGUGUGCUAGGACAGAGGAGGGUCGAUUUAUGACCGAGGACCUGCGAGGAGACCCCGACACCUGUGCGUGGGAAACAACUCCACACAGUGUCAGUGAUAUUGCGAACGGGUGGUGAUAUACGGUGCCGUCCACCGAUCCGAUACAGGGUGUGGAAUAUCUGUGGAGUCGUAGCAUCGAGAAUCAAGAGUCGAGAAGGCGCGGAGGGUGCUCAGGGCCGAGAGUGAGGACGCUGCAGGUGCCGAGCACCGCAGCAGGCGGCUACUCCGCUACUGGUGAGCACAGCUGAGACGUCGCCAGCUGCUUGAAGAAAGAACGGAACCCGCUGAAGAGAAACUGCUUGAAGAAUUAAUUAAGAUCUUCACACCAUCAGUGUUCCAGCUCGUUGAAGAGAAGUUAGCGGGACCGGCGGCGAGGACCUCGCUCGCGAUGCAGCGCGGCCGGCCGGCGCCGCUGCCCCCUCAGCGCUGACGGGGCGCCGGGCGGACGGCGAUGGACCCUCCGAGUGUGGGCUCGGCCGGCUCGGCCGCCGGGCCCACGCUGGGCGCCGGCGGGAUGCGCCUGUCGCGCUCCUCCUCGCUGCCGUCGCUGGGCCGGCGGCCGCUGGAGCGGCAGAUGAGCGGCCUCAGCGGACUGGCCGACUCGGGCCUGGAGUCAGAGCCGGUGAGCGGCGAGCGGCUGGUGGGCCCGCCGAGCCGACCCACCUCGGCGGCGCCGGGCCGGCGCGUGGUGACGGCCACCAUGGCGCAGCACUACUACCUGGAGGGUGGCUGGGGCUGGGUGGUGGUCGUCUGCCACCUGCUCACCAACGUCACCGUGCACGGCCUGCAGCUGAGCGUGGGCAUCCUGGCGCGGCCCGUCACCGCCUGCUUCCACCAGACACCCAGCGCGCUAGGCUGGCUGGGCGCCACCUCGCUGGGGUUUUCGCUGCUCAUCUCGCCGCUGACGAUCGCCAUCUGCCGGAGGAAGUCCACCCGACUGACGGCAGUCAUUGGCGGACUGGUCGCCGCGCUGGGCAUCCUCUUCACCUCAUUCGCAUCGCGCUUCCAUCAGCUCUUCCUCUCGUACGGCGCUGUGUUCGCGGUGGGCGUCUCCAUGACCCGGGACGCGUCCACGCUGAUGGUGGGCCAGUACUUCAAGCGGCGCCGAGAGCUCGUCGAGACGGUGGUUCUGUCGGGCAGCGGGGUCGGUCUGGCCGUCAUGUCGGCCUUCCUGCACGGAGCCAUUGGGUCUGAGGGAUGGAGGUUAGGUCUUCAAGCUGUGACGGGCGUCAUAUUCUUCACAUUUCUGCUAGGUACAUUUUAUCGUUCAGCAUCAUUGUAUCAUCCACAGCGAAGAGCCAUCCUACAUCUGAAGAAUUCCAAGAAAAAGGUAAAGGGUAAGAACAAAGUGGACGAGAAGCCGCCGUUUUUCGACUGUUCCAUGCUGAAGUCGCAGACGGUGCGCAUCCUGCUGGUGUCUGCCAGCCUCAGCUCCGUGGGACUCCACUCCCCGCUCAUUUACAUGGCCCACCAGGCGCAGCAGGACGGGCUGAGCGAGAGCUCGGUGCUGCUGCUCCAGACCUACCUCGGCCUCGGCUGGGCCCUCGGCUGCUGGGCCUUCGGGUUUGUCGUCGUCAGAAAUAACCAGGAGUGUCGGAUCAGCCGACAGUACCUGUGUCAGGCCUCGUCCUUCCUCUGCGGCGCCUGCCAGCUGGCGCUUCCCGCCGUACGCGGCUACAGCGGCUACGUGCUCUUCGCCUGGCUGUACGGCCUCUUCUACGGCGGCUACCAGUACAGCCUCAAGAUGUGCACCUACGAGAAGGUGCGAGCGAGGAACUUCGCCAAGACGUGGGGCUUCGUCCAGGGCAGCCAAGCGCUGCCCAUGGUCAUAGGCGUGCCGGUCACAGGGUACAUCAACGUAGCCGUGGGCGGCAAGGCGGGCUACUACUUCAGCGCCACGUUCGUCGUCAUCGGCAGCAUCAGCAUCUUCCUGAUCGCGUUCCACCGGCGGCGGGGCCGACGGCGGGCGCACCGGCACCGUCACGAGCCGGCGUCCGGCGGCGAGGCGCGCGCAGAGCCGCCAGAGACGCCCCGGGACCGCGCCGACUCGCUGCCUGAUGUGGAUGAGCGUGUGCUGAACCUGCUGAAGCAGAGGGUGGCGGCCGUCAACAGCAGCCACGAGCUGCGCAAACAGGAGCUCACCUGCAUCUCGGAGGAGGGCAUCGCCGACAUGGACCUGCCGGACGCCCUGUUCGAGGACAUCGAGCUCGAACUGAACCUGCUGCAGGGCGACAUCACGUCAUGCAACAAGGUGGAGAACUACCUGGUGCUCAGCGAGUACGAGAACAACCUGAUCGCCGAGCAGCCGACCGACCGUCGGCCGGCGGUCGGCCGGCGCCGCUCCCUCGUCAAACAGGUGUCGUCGAUGCGCAGUCGCGCCGCGCAGAUCCUGGCCUCCAAGCCGGCCGACAUCCCCGAGGAGCGCAGCGAUGUCGAGAACGACCUGCCGUCAGACUCGUCCGUGUCGUCGCGGCUGUUCCGCGGCUGGAUCCGCGGCGGCAGGAGGAAGGAGGCGCCCACGGAGGUGCCCGCCGUCCACCCGGUGUCGGUCCAGACCCCCGCGCCGCCGCCGCCGCCGAACGCUGACCCCACGCCGCAGACGUAGCCUCUGCGCGGGCGGUGCGAAUGGUCCGUGUCCAGUGCCGAUGUUCCAUGUGUGUGAGUGGCGGCGCUAGCGUCUCUUCCAGGAGGAACGGGGGCAGAUGGGGAUCUCCGGCGCUUCCCGUGCUCGCCCGAGUCACAUGACCAGACGUACGGCCGGAUAGAGAUGUCACGUGAUUAUGAGGUAUUGUUUUCUCAGCCUGUGCGACCUGUGCUGGUCGCCAUGCAGUGUCUCCGUUAUUGUUGUUGUGCAAUAAAUAUGGCUCGUGUUUUGUAGCGAUAA